AUGACAAAACUUGAGCCUUACAGAGGCGGUUAUUAUCUCUGGAAAUAUAUUCCUUCCCUGGCUGCUGCAAUUAUCUUUUUGCUUCUGUUUAUCGCUGCGACGGCGUUUCAUUCGUGGAAGCUCUACAAGACAAAAGCACGCUUCUGCAUUGCAUUCGUCCUUGGUGGUAUCUUCGAGGUUAUUGGAUAUAUUGCCCGAGCCGCUGCGCACAAUCGCACUGGCUCGGUCAUGCCCUACUCUAUUCAGAAUGUAUUCCUGCUCCUCGGUCCGACUCUUUUUGCUGCAUCGGUGUACAUGGCACUGGGACGGAUUAUUCGCUGUGUUCAGGCCGAAAAAUACUCGCUCAUUCGAAUCAACUGGCUCACCAAGGUCUUCGUUAUGGGCGACGUCCUCUCGUUUGUGGUUCAAGGUGGAGCAUCCGGCUUGAUGGUGUCUGGAAACAAUGCGAAGCUUGGCUCUGACAUUGUUGUUGCUGGUCUCGUUAUUCAGGUCAUCAUGUUCUGCUUCUUCAUUGGCACCACGGUGGUGUUUCAAGUUCGCAUGCAUCGAUUUCCAACUACGGAGUCAUUCAAUGGCCGAGUCAAGUGGAAGAGCCAUCUCCGAGUGUUGUAUGCUAUCAGUCUGCUGGUUUUGAUUCGAAGCCUUUUCCGUGUUGUCGAGUAUGUGGAGGGCAAUGAUGGAUAUCCAUUGACCCACGAGUGGACCCUUUACGUAUUCGAUUCGAUUUUGAUGUUGGCGGUUAUGGCGAUAUGGGCAAUUUGGCAUCCAGGGAUUUUACAAGAAUCACUGCAGUCUGACAGAGCUCCAUUAAGUCUGCGAAGUCUGAGUGAAGAUGCUCAGCCUUAG